AUGGUAUUCACCUGUUGUGGGCUCAACUUCGCCUUCGGUGUAUUCCAAGAACUUUACGACGGGAUGGCACGGCAGCCCAAUACUCCUUUUACUGGCGCGACUCCUGCGCUUAUUGACCUUAUUGGAACAAUAUCCAUCUCAGUGAUGACCAUAAUUGCGCCGUUCUCAGUAGCCUGGGCUAAGCGUUUCUCCCCGCGUUGGAUUUCGUUCGUCGGCGGCUUCAUAUUUGGAUUCUCACUCAUUUUGGCCAGUUUCGGAACUAGGCUUUGGCAUUUCGAACUCACGCAGGGUUUGCUUCUUGGUAUAGGUACCUCUAUGCCGUAUAUGGUUGCCGUGACGGUGGCGCCCGUUUGGUUCACGUCACGCCGGGGUCUUGCUAUGGGCAUUAUUCUAGCCGGGACUGGUGUCGGAGGUCUCGUAUGGGCACCGGUGAUUAAGGUGCUUAUUGAUUCUGUUGGUUUCCGAAAUUCGCUUCGUGUAUCCGGAGUUGUAUCAUUCGUCUUGGUUGCCCUAUCCAGCGCCGCCAUGAGCUGGGAGCCUCAGACGCUCGCGCGCAUCAAUGCUGAGAAUGCUUCGCGUACGGGUCGUCUUCAAGGUAUCUUAAACGUGCCGCUGGUGGACUGGCGCGUAGCAAAGACGCGGAAAUUCGCCGCUCAGGGACUAGGUGCUAUCCUCCAAGCUGCUGCCUAUUAUACUCCUGUCUUCUUCUUCGCCUCGUAUGCUGGUACUCUUGGAUAUAGUGCCACUGCUGGAGCAAAUUUUAUCGCGCUUAGCAACGCAUGUAAUGCGAUAGGCAAGAUCGUCAUCGGCUACUUCGCUGACCGCUUGGGCCGUCUCAAUACUCUCUUCCUAACCACAUUCAUCAGUGCAGCCAUCACACUGAGUUUCUGGGUUCCUUCAGCCGUCUAUGGUUCCACGGAUGAUUCCCGCAACCUCUUUAUCAGUUUCACCGUCUUGUAUGGUCUCUUCGCUGGUGCGUACGUUUCAUUGUUCCCUGCCAGUCUCAUCGAGAUCUUCGGUAUACAGAAUUUUGCCUCCGUCAAUGGUGUGCUUUAUAUGGUUCGUGGCCUAGCUACGUUAAUUGGUACACCAGUUGGCGGCGCCCUGAUUCGGAGCAGUACCGAGAGUGCAGCUUUCGCGCCGCAUGGCUAUGUUAACAUGGCAAUACUCGUCGGAGUAUUGCUCUUUGCUGCUAGUAUCGCGGUGUUUUGGAUUCGCGUUGAGGCGAUGGUAGGACCUAGCGGACAAUGGCAUCCAAAGUGGAGGAUGUAA